UAAUUACUCCUUCAUUAGGAAACUAGAGUUCGAAAAGGCAAUACAGAAUGGCGCUGCUUUUAAUUAUUUAUAGUGUCAUUACGACCAUAUCUGUGUUAAUAUUAAUUAUCGGAUUGUAUCAGAAAAAUACGAAUACCAUUUGCCAAUCGAAAAGGAGAUUGGAUGGGAAGACAGUGCUUGUGACUGGGGGCACUUCUGGCAUGGGCUUGGAGGUGGCCACAGACUUCGCCCGUAGGGGAGCCAGGGUCAUUGUAGCAUGCCCUUUUCAAGAAGAGGGCAUUUCGGGCAAGGAAUCCAUCAUCUGGAAUUCCGGUAACAAAAAUGUUGUAUUCGAACACCUAGACUUAUCGAAAUACGACUCAGUGAAGAAGUUUGCAGCGAACAUUAUUGAAAACGAAACAAGAUUAGACAUAUUAGUGAACAAUGCUGGAGUUUCUAUCAGCAAAAUCACCAAGGACGGAUUCAACAUGAUCAUGCAGGUCAAUUACUUGGGAACAAUUCUUCUGACUUUCUUGCUGUUGCCGCUUUUGGAAAAAUCUGGCGAUGAGGAAGAGCCCAGCAGGAUAAUCAACACAGCGUCGGUGUCGCACAACGUGGGAAAAGUUGAUUUUGAUAGCUGGAAAACAAAAACUGGUAUCCCCUUCCAAUACUACGCUAAUAGUAAAUUAUGUCUUUCUUUAUUCACGCGUGAAUUGUCUAAAAGAUUAAAAGGCUCCAAAGUAGUUGUUAAUGCUAUAGAUCCCGGUGUUGUCGGUACGCGUAUCUACAAGAUUGGUACCAAUUAUAUUUUAGGGUCAUUAGUAGUAUUUUUCGCUACGUACUUUUCAAAGGAUCCCUGGGAAGGAGCCCAGACCGCGAUCCACGCAUCCGUUUGUGAGAAAGCUCGUAAAAUUAGUGGGGAAUAUUUCUUUAAUUGCAAAGUGACGAAGAAAACAAAAUUGCCGUGGUUUAAUGACAUUAAAGUAAACAAGGCCCUUUGGGAUAAUACUUUGGAAGCCAUAGAUCAGAAACUCCCAAUAAAUUGACGAUAAAGUAGUAAAUUUCUGCCGAUUGGUGACCAAAGUGUUGUUUUUAUUUGAAGAUGGGAUAAGAUGAGAUAUAAACAUAACUAUGUGGGAUUCAAAACCCAAAUAAAAAUAGUUAACAUUUGGAAUUUAAAUUCAUGACUUAAGAUAAUAUAAACUUACUUAGUCUCAAAAGUAGCACUGCGACUCUUUUAUCCAUACUUUCAAUAAACGAGUAAAUACCUACCUUCCCAAAAAAACAUUUAUUUGCUACAACAGGGUUUAAUAAACUACAGUAUAGAUGUUUAAUAUUGUGUUACAUCCUAUUUACCAAAUUUUAAUAUAUUUUGUAAUCUUUACCCUGAAUGUUAAUAAAAUAAACUAUUUAUUAAUUUAA